AUGCGACCCAAGACUAGCCGAGAAGUUUCUACUAAUGAAGACCAAACCAAAGCGUCAUCGGAGACUAGUCCCCGUACUUAUAAUUCGGGCAACCAACCCAGGCGUACAAUCAACGUAGCCGUUGCCGGUGACUCAAUGUUAAAGUACAUAAAUCCCUCCAAACUUAGUAAAAGCUUGAAACAAAAUGUCCACGUGAAAACCUUCCCUGGAGCAAAGGUUGCGGAUAUGGAGCACUACGUAAAGCCAACACUAGCACACGCUCCUGAGUACCUAGUUCUGCACGUUGGUACAAAUGAUUUAAGACAAAAAUCUCCUCGCCAAAUAGCAACAUCGAUAACUAAGCUCGGACAUGAAAUCAAUGCGAAUAUGCCAAAUACGAAAUUAAUCUUAUCUGAAGUAAUAGUUAGAAAUGAUGACCCUCAGCUCAUGAUAAAAGUCAAAGAAGUCAAUUCAAAAUUAUCACAG